AUGGGAAAACUGGUCAAACUCGAAGGGGGGUUCGAUGCCUAUCUUUCAACUGCGCCGGAAGAGGCUCCGAACAAAGGGAUUGGCAUUUUAUUUGCUCCGGAGGCAAUGGGUAUAUAUCCGAAUAGCCAACUCCUGGCGGACGGUUUUGCCGCCAAAGGAUACACCACGCUUAUCCCAGACGUAUUCAAUGGAGAUGCAGUACCGUUGAACAAGUUUCCGACCAUCGACCUAAUGAGUUGGCUUACCAAGGGCUCUAAUGGCAAUAAUCCGCAUACUACCGAGCACGUUGACCCUAUUAUCGUUGCUGGAAUCAGAGCAUUGAGGCAGUUGGGAAUACAUCGGAUUGGAGGUGUUGGAUAUUGCUUUGGUGCCAAGUAUGUAUUACGACAUUUCAAGAGCGGUAUUGAUGUCGCUUUUAUUGCUCACCCAAGCUUCGUCGAGGAAAGCGAAUUGGCUGCUUUAUCGGGACCUUUGUCCAUUGCGGCAGCUGAAACCGAUUCUAUAUUUACUACCGCGAUGAGACACGAAUCGGAAAAAAUCCUCAUCAAAACAGGGCAGCCCUUCCAGAUAAACCUCUUUUCUGGAGUUGAGCAUGGCUUUGGAAUUCGAGGCGAUCCAGCUGUGAAGGUACAGAAAUUUGCUAAAGAACAAGCAUUUUCCCAAGCAAUUGCUUGGUUCGAUGAAUAUUUGUUGAAACAAUGA